AUGAGCAACACUGCCGAUACAGACGCCAUAAUCCACGAUGUAAUCAUCAUCGGCGCCGGACCCUGCGGCCUAGGCGUCGCCGCCCGCAUCCACGAAGAUACCCCCUCAGCAGUCUUCACAGACGAAGAACACCAACGAUACCACUGGAUCAAGAAACACGCAGGCAAAAUGAAUCUUGUGCAAGCGGGCCGCACCAAGAAGAACGGCGUGCGAGCCGAGAAAUGGAAUCGCGGCCUGCGAUGUCCCUGUGAUGGGGAUAAUAGACAGCGCCGAGCAUCUGCGGACUCGGUGUCUUCUGUUUCGUCUGUUCCGUCGCUUGCGUCAUCUACGUCCUCUACAUCUUCGAAUGUUUCGACGCUUGUUCUGGAUGGGUCGGGUGAUCAGUGGAUGCAGAGGUGGAACAAUGCGUUUCGGACAUUGGAAAUUAAGCAGUUGAGGAGCCCGAUGUUCUUCCAUGUUGAUCCUGGGGAUCGGGAUGGGAUGCUUGCUUAUGCCCAGGAGAUGGGACGCGAAGAGGAUCUUUGGGAGAUUCCGGGGUGUGUUGGGAAGGAGAUGAGCAAGCAUAAGAAGAAGAAGAGGAGACAGGGCGGAAAGACUCAAACUAUUGGCGUUGAGAUUGACGAGCGAGAUCGUAAAGAUUACUUUUCUCCAUCGACUGACCUCUUCACCGACUACUGCGAAUCUAUUAUCGACCGAUAUGGUCUAAACCACCCAGAUCAAGUACAGAAGCAGGAGGUUGUGGACAUGACAUACGAUUAUCUACCAGACAGAGGAGAUGUACCAGUGUAUAACGACAAGAUCUUCACUCUAACGACGACAUCAGGAUUGAAAUUUUAUAGUCGGGCCGUUGUCCUCGCUAUUGGUGCUGGAGGGGCGGGGAUAUCCAAGAUUUUCCCAUGGAAGCCAUCCAGCCAGGAAGAGGGCUCUGGUGCAUGCUGUCAUAGUAUGGAGAUCAAGACCUUCCCAAGUGUCAAUGUGCGUACCAAAAUACAGCGUCGACAGGAGACAAAUGUGGUUGUUAUUGGGGGCGGACUCUCUUCUGCACAGAUUGUGGAUAUGGCUGUGCGGAAGGGGGUAACCAAAGUAUGGUUUUUAAUGCGCUCCGGUCUUAAAGUCAAGCAUUUUGAUAUCAGCUUACCCUGGAUGGGCAAAUACAAGAAUUGGGAGAAAGCAGCGUUUUUCUCUGCAGACACUGACGAAGAACGUCUAGAAAUGAUCAAGACGGCUCGCAACGGCGGGAGCAUCACACCCCGUUACACGCGGAUCGUCAAGCAACAUGCCGCCCGGAACAACGCAUCCAUUCACACAAACACAGUGAUUACAUCACAUGAAUACGACCAAGAAACCCAGACUUGGACCUUGGCUACAGACCCACCAAUCCCGAAUCUACCUCCGAUCGACUACAUCUAUUUCGCGACCGGAGCCCGUGCAGACGUGCGCGAAAUGUCCCUACUAACCCACAUGAACGAGCAAUACCCCGUCGAGGUGCGAGAGGGCUUGCCGUGCUUAACUGAAGACUUGAUGUGGAGAGAAGAUGUCCCUCUAUACAUGACCGGUCGGAUGGCGGGCCUACGUCUAGGACCCGGGGCACCCAACCUCGAGGGUGCCAGACUGGGUGCGGAGCGAAUCGCGUGGAGCCUAGAGGAGGUGCUUGGGACCCGAAAGGAGGUGGGGGAGCAGUGCGAGGGGUUCUGUGGGCUGGGGAAUCGGUAUGCGUCGCUACUCGGGGAAUCGGACGAGUAG